AUGGUCGCCACGUCCAAGGUCACGAGCGCGCGCGCGAGAGAGAGAGCGCCCGCGUACGCGGCGCCGAGUGAAAAAGAGCGAGAGAGCAUUCGAUCGCUCAGACAAUGGUUGCGACGCGAUGGUCUGCGCGUUCCGGCGAUUAUGACGCACGAAUCGAUCGGUGGGGAAGAGCGAGCAUUAUUGCGGUACGUUCGAGCGCGGAAAACGGCGGAGAAAUCGUACGAGAUGUUGAAGAAUACGCUGAAAUGGCGAGAGGAGCACGCCGUCGACGCGUGCCUGCGAGAGCCGAUCGACGACGACAAGCUGGUGCAUGUGGCGAAGAUCCCGGCGUAUUACGCCGGUUUCGGGAAGACGGGACAUCCAGUUUAUUUAGAACACACGGCGGCUGUGCCGUGGGGCGAUAUCUUGGCGAACAUGAAGGAUGACGAGUUUUUGAAGAGCCAGGUGCAGACGCUCGAAUGGCAGGCGAAAGUCGUCUACCCGGAGGCGUCGUACCGAGCAGGGGAGCCGAUCACGCAGGUGAUCAACGUGUGGGAUCUUAAAGGGCUUACCAUGAGCGGGUUCACGAGCGACGUGCGGGCGCUGGUAAAGAAGGGAAGCGCGUUGGCGCAGGACAACUAUCCGGAGGGGCUGUACGCGGCGUACAUUGUCAACGCGCCGAGAAUCUUCUCAUUCAUCUGGGCCAUCGUGAAACAAUUUUUAGACGCGAAAACCGUCAGCAAGGUGCACAUUUACGGCAGUGGAACCAAGAUGUGGGAAAAGCUCAUGGAUAAACUCGGCGAUUCGACGACGCUGACGAAGGACAUGGUGUGCUGCGAUAAAAAGGACAUCGGCAAGGCGGAGGCAAAGAAAGGGCUCAUCCCGGCGCACGGAGCGACGCAGAUUUGGAUUAAAAAUCAAAUCGCCGGGGUGGAGUCCUCACUCGGCGCCGCGCCAGGGGUGCUUCGUCGCGAGAGUAGCGUGCGCGAUAUGUACGAUGUCUUCUUCGACGCGCAGGAAGAGCUGCCGUCGCCUGUGGGGAAGGAUUUAGAGCGUUUCACGACCAUGCGUACCGAAUUCGAAGUGGAUGGGUUGUCCGCGAACCAGCCCGACGCGAACGACACUGUCGAGGCGGUCGAACCUACGAAGAAGUGUUGCGCAUGUUGA